AUGUUAGGAAAAGUAAGUGUGGGGGUUUUAUUGGGGUAUGAUGAAUUUUAUGUGGGGGGUAGAGGUGGUGGGUUGUGGUGGUGGGUGGGGUUGGGGGUUGAUUGGGGUUUUGUGGUGGGUGGGAUUGGGUUUGAGAUUGUGGAUGUUGUGUGUUUGUGUGGUGGAGGGGGGGUGGUUGGUGGGGUGGUUGGUUGGGUAUUUGUUUUUGGUGUGGGUUUUGAUGUGUUGUGGGUGGGGGGUGGGGGGUGUGGUUGGGGGGGGUGGUAUGUGGUGGUUUUUGUUAUUGUUGUUGGUGGGUUUUUUUGUGUUUAUGUGUGGUUGUGUUGUUGUUUUGGUUUGUGUUUUUUGGGGGAUGUUUGGUGUGUUUGGGUUGGUUGGUGGGGGUUGUGGGGGGGGUGUUGGUUGAGUUGGGGGGGGGGGGUAGUGGGGUUGGUAGGUGGGGGUUUUGGGGGGAGGGGUGGUUGGUUGUUUUUGAUUGUUGGGUGGGUGUGUGUUUUUGUGGUUUUUUUGUGA